CCAUUAAUUUUUAAUACGGAGUAGCAUUCUUUCAGGCCAAUCAAGCAUUCCGGCCAAUGGAGUCUAAGGAGCAGCAGCCACCACCGCCUAAAAUUCAGAUAUAUCCUACUUCUACAGGAGAAAUUACGCCUUUUUGGAGAGAGAAGUAUGAAAGAGAUGCGAAGAAGUAUUGGGAUAUCUUCUACAAACGCCACCAAGAUAAAUUUUUCAAGGACAGGCACUACUUGGACAAGGAAUGGGGACACUACUUCUCUGGUGCUGGAGGAAAAGUAAUUCUAGAGGUUGGUUGUGGCGCUGGAAACACUAUCUAUCCCUUGCUUGCUACAUAUCGUGACAUAUUCGUGCAUGCUUGUGACUUUUCACCGCGGGCUGUAAACUUGGUUAAGACACACAAGGACUUCAAAGAGACCCGAGUGAAUGCAUUUGUUUGUGACUUGACAAUUGAUGACCUAAGCGAGCAUAUUUCUCCUUCUUCAGUGGAUGCCGUGACCAUGAUCUUUGUUUUAUCUGCAGUAACUCCUGAGAAGAUGCCUCUGGUGAUACAGAACAUUGGAAAGAUUCUCAAGCCCGAUGGUUAUGUCUUAUUCCGUGACUAUGCAAUUGGAGACCUAGCUCAGGAAAGAUUUAUCUCAAAGGAGCAAAAGAUCAGUGAGAACUUCUAUGUUCGAGGUGAUGGAACUCGGGCAUUCUACUUCUCUGAUGAGUUCUUGAUCAACCUGUUCAAAGAGAAUGGAUUUGAUACUGAAGAGCAUGCUUUGUGUUUUAAACAAGUUGAAAAUCGGUCAAGGGAAAUUGUGAUGAAUAGACGUUGGGUUCAAGCUGUAUUCCGUUUAGGUUGUGGUAAAUCUGGUGUGAACACUGAGAGCAAGGUAAAACUCAUCGGUAUGGACAGUCCAAAACCUGUGAUUCCAGAAAGAACUCAGAGCAAUACAAAUGGGUUUGACUUUGAUAUUUCUGAUGGAAUGGCUCUUGAUAUGUUUGGUAUUUCAUCGUCAAGUGAAGAGAUUGUUGAAGUUAUCAUAAGUGGCUUGCACUUUAAGAUAAAUGUCGUCUCAAAAGAGUACCAGCACACAUGCAAAUCAACUGGCUUAAUGCUAUGGGAAUCAGCUCGAUUGAUGGCUUUAGUGCUUGCUGAAAACCCGGGGAUUGUUGCAGGGAAAAGGGUCCUAGAGUUGGGAUGUGGAUGUGCUGGGAUCUGCUCUAUGGUGGCUGCAAAAUCUGCCGAACUUGUGGUUGCCACUGACGGAGACACAAAAGCUCUCAACUUGUUGAACCAGAACGUCGCCCAAAAUCUCAAAUCAUCACUUUUUGCAAAACUGAUGACAAGGAAACUUGAAUGGGGGAAUGGAGAUGAUAUCGAAGCCAUCAGGAGGCUGAAUGGCAAGGGGUUCGAUGUAAUAUUAGGCACUGAUGUUACUUACAUUUCUGAAGCCAUCACACCCUUAUUUUCAACCGCGAAAGAGCUGAUUUGUUCGGGAAGAGAUAUUAACGAGGAUCGGGAGCCAGCUCUGAUUCUUUGUCAUGUGCUGCGACGAGUUGAUGAACAAUCCAUAUUGUCAGCAGCAUCUGAAUUUGGUUUCGAGUUGGUUGACCGGUGGCCCGAGUUGGAAAACCCUUCCAUUCCAUCCCCAAACAUAAUCAAGAAAUGGUUCUCUCAAGAAUUCUGUGCAAAUGGUAUCCCAACCACAGCUUUGAGUAUUUUGUACUUCCAUAGAGUAUAAACUAAACAAUGAAUUGCCAUUUUGUCUUAAUUGUAUUAUUAUUACUGAAAUUCUAUAUGCUGUUGUGGACAUACUUUUGAUAAAUUUUGUUCCUCAACAAGUCAACACUGAAAUAUGGGUUUUCGUAGUGUCACAUUGGCAUCCAUUAUUGAAA